GGGGCUCCGAGAAAUCAACACGCUGGAUGGAACAAUCUGAGGUGUUGAGUGGGCCCCACCCCCUUUCGUCGAUUUGAAAUAUUUUCAAAAACAAGAAAGCCAAACAACAACAAAAGGAGAUCGAAGAGAUAAAACUCCAGAGUUUAUCUGAAAUCCCGACCAAGCCCAGGAAAAACUCAUAUCUCCAAUCAAUCAAAUCCCCAAGUUAGGAGUCCAAGUUUGAUCAUGGCUCGCAUAAAGCCCCAGGCGCUGUUACUACAGAGCAAGAAGAAGAAGGGGCCGACUGGGAUCAGUGUCACUACCAUAAUCAUGUGCAAUCUACUCAUCGCUUUGAUCGCCUUGUCCUUGGUCGCCACUUAUCGCUAUUGGUCCAGAAGGUCUCUCGAUCAUUCCGGCUCGAACUUUUCUGCUCAAGAGGAAAUGGAUGUGUUUGCAAAGAAGGAUGAUCUUCCUGGUUAUGCUAUUUUGAACACAUCAAAAGGUUAUAUCACAGCGGAACUUUUCAAGGAUGGUUCUCCAGAGGUUGUGGACAGAUUUCUCGACUUAUGUCAAAAGGGACACUUUAAGGGGAUGCUCUUCAGUCACGUAAUAAAACACUAUGUAAUUAAAGGAGGGGAUUCCCUAGGGCUUGGAGUGGCUGAAGAUUGGAUAUCAAAAAAGAAGCUUCGUAGUCAACUUGUGACAAGUCCAAAGCAUGAAGCGUUUAUGCUUGGAACUACGAAGAAUAAACUAGAGAACAAAGGAUUUGAGCUUGUCAUCACAACGGCACCAAUACCAGAUUUAAAUGAUAAGCUUAUUGUGUUUGGACGUGUCAUCAAAGGAGAGGAUGUGGUGCAGGAAAUUGAAGAGGUUGAUACAGAUGAACAUUAUCGGCCGAAAUCUCCUGUUGGUAUCACCAGUGUGACUCUAAAACGCGAGAUAUAAUGACAAUUCAAGUCUAUGGCGGAUUUUUCCUGUAUGACAGAUUGCCGGUUCAAGUAUCUUCUGGCCAGACUACUUUUGUGACACUGCUACAGUAUAUCUUUUAGCUUUUCUCUUUCAGAACUCUCUCCAGUUCUUCUCCCCAGUUUGGCUUGUGAUUUGCAGCGGAGAAGGGAAGGAGACAUGAUAAUUGUCUUUAGGCAUAGAUUCGGUGGACAAAAAAUACAACAAUGUAGCUCAUUUGAUACGUACACAUCUUUUGUAGUACUUGUUGUGUUCUUAUGUUCUGAUAUGCUCUGUUCUUUUCAUAGUAACUCAAAAGUACAUCAAGAUUUUACUC